UUCAGUUCGGUUUGGACGCCCAAAGGUGUUGGAGGCUCAAAGAAAAUGUUGCAAUCGGGAAAGUUUUUUAUUUUGCUGGCUUGUCUACUGGCGGCUCAAGAGAUUUCAGGAGAAAUUUCAGCUGAAGUGCAGAAUGCAGUCGAUCUGCCCAAAUGUUUUAGCUGUGAAGGUGUAAAUUGUUUGAGAAUAACCCGCCAGAAUACCACGGUUAGCUGUUCUGAUAAAUUGGAUGUCUGCGUUACCAUUUAUGAGGAUUAUGCUGUCAGUGAGCGGGGCUGUUUCUCCCAGAUUUCUUUGGCUGGUCAGGCAAAAUGUGCGGCCAAGGACGACCAAUGUCAAAAGUGCAGUGGUCAAUUGUGCAACAACCAGGGACGCAGGGACUUCAGGUGCAUUAAAUGCAUUGGUUCUGAUUUGGCAUCCUGUAACAUAGGUUCCACUGCCUCUCUAGCCGCCUCCCAAUGUGGCCUCCCCACAUCAGCUAAUUCCUACUGCUAUGUCAAGGUCGUCGGCGAUAUGAAGGAUAAUCUGCAAAGAGGUUGUGCUCUGUCUGUAAAGGAACAAAAAUCCUGUCUGGAGGACUCGGAAUGUUCCCUCUGCCUGCCGGAUAACUCUAGUGAUUCUGUGGCGUGCAACAAUUUUGAUCUGCCGUUGGUCUCCAAAUCGGGUGCUGAUCAAAGUCAAAAAUUCGCAGGCUUGAGCUUUGCUUUCCUUGCCUUGCUCUUGCUCAAAAUGAUGAACUAAAUUUUAAAUAAAUAAACAAAAAUAAAAUAAAUAAUCGCUUGUUUUUCAAA